AUGGAAGCAUUACAAUAUCAUAAAAAACUAGAAGAAUUGCAAAAAGCAUUUGAAAUUGCUAAAGAGUUAGUUCAGCAAUAUUUAGAUGAAGUACAAAAACAACAUGAGUCACAGGAUGAUCCUGACAAUCCAAUAGGUGUUCAAAAUAUAGAAGCUGGUGAAGCGAUGCAAGAUUUUAAGGAUCUCGUAUUUGGUGUUUGCGGUAUAACUGCUAUUAUUGUCGGUCAUUAUUGGUCGUGUAUUCUUGACAUUGUUUUACCGAUAAACGAAUCUCAAACACAUAGUAUGCUAGUAACAAUGGAAUAUUUCAUCGAUCAAGACAGAUAUUUCUUUUUAAUUAUGCUGCAUAUGAACUUAGCAGCUUGUUUAGCGACAAUGUCAAUGUUAGCUACAGGAACGACAUUUAUUGCGUAUCUUGAACACACUUGUGAAAUGUUUAGAAUCGCAAAUUAUCGCAUUAAACGAGCUAUAAGUAUUGUCUUAAAAAAUAAUAAUUUAGAUGAGAUGUUAAUAUUCAAAGGAAUAAUUUGCGCUGUGAACAUUCAUCAAAAAGCUAUAAAGUUAGUAAAUACUUGA